CCUGAUGAUUCGAUAACAGUUUUCCCGGUGACGUCAACCCUGGAAAUAAGCAAUGUUGCGAAAAGGCACGAAGGAUCGUAUCGUUGUGUGGCAACGAAUGAUGGAAAGAUGCGCACAAGCCGCGAUGCACAGCUCAAGAUAAGCCCCGAGAAUAGCGUAGGAAAUGAGUUUUCGGAGCCUUAUUUUGUACUGGAACCGCGAGGUGACGUGGUGAACGAGGGCGAAGUGGUUGUACUGGAAUGCCUAGUAAAUGGAUGGCCAAGACCAGAUGUCCGUUGGCUGAAAGGUUCAGAGACGGUGCCGGCUGAUGGCGACAGGGUGAGUUUUGUUGCUUUCGCAAAGUAA